GUGGUUAUCUCAUACAAGCUGCAACAUAUCAUUUGGAUCCCUUCCAAAUGCCAUGCAGCCUAUCUCGGAGGUGGCCCGGGUGUGCCCAUACCCUCUUCCAAACUAUAGCCUAUAAAACCCCCACGGUUUGGGCUGAUCGUGGUAUUCAACUUCAACCAAACAAUCAACAGGCAAGAUGACCAGUCUCAGUGCUAAGGACAAGAACACAGUCAAGGCCUUCUGGGCUAAAGUGUCUGCCAAGGCGGAGGACAUCGGCACUGACGCUCUGUCCAGGAUGCUGGUGGUGUACCCGCAGACCAAGACUUACUUCUCCCACUGGAAGGACCUGAGCCCCGGCUCUGCCCCCGUGAGGAAGCACGGAAUCACCGUGAUGUCUGGAGUUGCCGAUGCUGUGUCCAAAAUCGACGACCUGACAGCCGGUCUCCUGAACCUCAGUGAGCUGCAUGCCUUCACUCUGAGAGUGGACCCUGCCAACUUCAAGAUCCUGUCCCACAACAUCCUUGUGGUCUUUGCCAUCAUGUUCCCCAAGGAAUUCACCCCCGAGGUCCAUGUGGCUAUGGACAAGUUCCUGAGCAGCCUGGCUCGUGCCCUGUCCGAGAAGUACCGAUAAACUGCGAACGAGAGCAGGAGCGGAUGACGGGACAGCAGCAUGGGCUUGGAUACUCUCUCUCUCUAGUGGUACU